UGUGAAGCAUGCCUUUGAGAAUAGAGAUGGCAGUCAAGCCUUGGAAUUUGAAGAAAUAGGAAAGAAAAUUGUGAAAAAGUGUGGAGGGCUGCCUUUGGCUGUGAAAACAGUUGCCGGUCUCUUACGUUCCAAAACAACCAGUGAAGAGUGGGAAGACAUUUUUAUGAGUGAAGACUGGUCUCUGACAAGUAAUCAAAUGAUACCACCAUUGAGCUACAAUGAUCCACCGGAAUGACGCAGGAACUCAAAGAUGUCAAUAGGCAACUGGACAUAACAUUUUGGUAUUUCAAUAACUCUCUCCAGCAACUGUCCAUAGCUGCUAGUGAAGAUGAUGUUAGUGCCUUAUAUAGAGUGAUUAGCAAUAAUCCAGACCUUUUGGAAUGCAUAGAUCAGAAACCAUUCAACAAUACACCAUUGCACAUUGCUGCAGAAACAGGGCGUACACGCUUUGCCCUUGAAAUCAUGAGUUUAAAGCCUUCUUUAGGGAGGGUUUUAAACCACGAUGGCUUUAGCCCUUUGGAUCUAGCUUUACGAAAUGGCCACAGAGAAACUGUGAGAAGGCUUGUAAGAUUUGCUCCAGAGCUGAUCCGUAUUCAGGGCAGAGAAAGAAUUACUCCUUUGCAUUAUGCUGCAGAAGUAGAGGAAAUUGAUUUUUUGGCUGAAUUUCUGAUGAAAUGUCCAGCAUCAAUCGAGGAUGUGACCUUAUGCUGCGAGACUGCUCUACACAUUGCCGUGAAAAAUGGAAAACUUAGAGCUUUUAAAGUGCUCUUUGGUUGGCUAAAGCGAACUAAUAAUAGGAGAGAAAUAUUGAACUGGGGGGAUGAAGAUGGCAAUACAGUGUUGCAUGUCGCAGCAUCGACAAAUCAAACUGAGGUUGCCAAAUUGCUGGUUAAAUAUGUCAAUGUUAACGCAAAGAACCAUGAAGGCCUGACAGCCCUUGAUAUAUCCAACACUAAACCUCCAAUCCAAGUGAACGCAAGGAUGAAGAAGAUUUUACUUAGGGCAGGAGCUUCAAAAGCUUCACGGCUUCAUCAACUUCCCACUUUAGCAGAAAUGUUGGGGUCACCAGAGGCACUGAUUGAGAAAAUAUUUCAAUUCAAUGCAUAUUUGGACGAAGGCUUAUCAGGUGAAAUGCGCAAUUCCAUGUUGGCUGCGGCAAUACUAAUAGCCACGUCAGCAUAUCAAUCAGUCCUCAGCCCUCCAGGAGGAGUCCACCAAGGUGACACCAACACCUCAAAUCAACCAGCGGUGGAGCCUGGAGAAGUGGUGAUGCGAGCCACUAAGUUUUAUCCAUUCUUGUUGGGGAAUUCAUUGGCAUUUGGUGCUUCAUUGGGCAUUGUCUUUUUGCUGCUACCAACAACUGGUUACGGUGUGCUGCACAUUUCUUUGGUCCUUCUGAUGCUAGGAUACAUCGACUCUGCACUAACAAUAUCACCUGCAACUCCAACUGCGGUGUGCUUCGUGUUUGCGGGCUUCCUGUUGUUCACUUUGAUUGUGGCCGUCAGGAUGGUGUGGAAACUAUUGCAGAGAUUUCCAUCAGCUUCUUGGGAGACUAUUGGUAGCGUCUACUUUCCCAACCGGGAUUAACUCCACUUUGCACCCCCAGAUUUGUACCACUUUAAUAUGCAUAUUUGUCUGUAUUUGAUGGCGACAACGACGGAGCAGGAUUUUUCUCCGCCUGGAGGGG